UCUUUGUAACUUGCAGGUUAAGUGGAGCUAGAGAGCUACAUUGUAACCUAGUUGGAUUUUGGGGGGGGGGGGAAUGUAUGAGAAUCUAACGUGUCGUUAAUAGAAAGAAGAACAGGCAAGAAGUGGUCCAGCCGGCGAAGUUGCAGAUCUGACCUCUUCUGAACGCGUGGCCGUGUCUCCAUCCCCGGGACUCUGAACCCAGCAGCUGGACCACUUUGUCCUUGGGAUUUUGGGUGUCCUCUCUUCUCACUUUUCCCCUUUCCCCUCUUCCCUCCCACCUCCUGAGAACUCCUGAAGACUGUAGGAUUGUCAUGGAGUCCAGGGAAAUCUUAAGCAGCUCCCGGCAAAGGGGAGACGAGUCAGAAUUCCUGCCUGUCUCCUCGGCCAAGCCCCCAGCUGCUCCUGGCUGUGCAGGAGAACCUUUGCUCUCUGCUCCAGGAACUGGGAAGGGGAUCCCAGUGGGUGGAGAACGCAUGGAGCCGGAGGAGGAGGAUGAACUGGGCUCAGGGCGGGAUGUGGAUUCCAACUCAAACGCAGACAGCGAGAAAUGGGUUGCAGGAGAUGGCCUGGAAGAACAGGAAUUUUCUAUCAAGGAGGCAAACUUCACAGAGGGGAGUCUGAAGCUGAAGAUUCAGACCACCAAGCGGGCUAAGAAACCCCCAAAGAAUCUGGAGAACUAUAUAUGCCCACCUGAGAUCAAGAUCACCAUUAAGCAAUCUGGCGACCAGAAGGUGUCCCGUGCUGGGAAAAAUAGCAAAGCCACCAAGGAGGAGGAAAGAAGCCACUCCAAAAAGAAGCUCCUCACAGCCAGUGACCUUGCAGCCAGCGACCUCAAAGGAUUUCAGCCACAGGCUUACGAGCGGCCACAGAAACAUUCAAGUCUCCACUAUGACCCAGGCCUCCCACAGGACGUCACCAGUGACACCUUAAAACCAAAGCACCAGCAAAAAAGCAGCAGCCAGAACCACAUGGACUGGUCCACCAACUCUGAGAGUGGACCUUCCACUCAGAAUUGUUUCAUCAGUCCAGAGUCUGGCAGAGACACUGCAAGCACCAGCAAGAUCCCCGCUCUUGAGCCCGUGGCUUCCUUUGCAAAGGCCCAGGGUAAAAAAAGCAGUGCAGGGAGCACGUGGAGUCAGCUGUCCAACAGCAGCAAAGAUCUGCUCUUGGGAAGUGUGGUCCCGUCCCCGGGCAGCCACAGCUCGCCAGCCCCACCCAGCAGCUCUGUCGAGUGCAACGGACUCCAGCCCUUGGUAGAUCCAGAUGGAGGAGUUGCAAAGGAGCCCCCAGAACCACCUACUAUUGGCAGCAAGAAAAAGUCCAGUAAAAAAGAUGUGAUAAGUCAAACCAUAUCAAGCCCAGACCUGGACUGGGUCAAGAAUGCCCAGAAAGCAUUUGACAAUACAGAAGGGAAAAGGGAAGGCUACCCUGCAGAUAAUGCCCAAGAGGCGUCACCAGCCAGGCAGAAUUCGAGUUCUGUCAGUAAUCCCGAAAAUGACUCAAGUCAUGUCCGGAUUACGAUCCCUAUCAAGGCACCCUGUCUCGAUCCAACCAGCCAUAAGAGGAAAAAGAGACAGUCCAUCAAAGCAGUGGUGGAAAAGAUCAUGCCAGAGAAAGCCCUGGCUUCUGGAAUCACCAUGAGCAGUGAAGUGGUUAACAGGAUACUUUCCAACACUGAGGGAAAUAAGAAAGAUCCCCGGGUCCCUAAGUUGAGUAAAAUGAUAGAGAACGAGUCCCCCUCAGUUGGCCUUGAAACAGGUGGAAAUGCCGAGAAAAUCGUGCCAGGAGGCGUGUCGAAGCAGCGGAAGCCACCCAUGAUGAUGACGCCUCCGACGUGCACGGACCACUCUCCAUCGAGAAAGCUGCCAGAAAUCCAGCAUCCCAAAUUUGCUGCGAAACGGAGGUGGACGUGCAGCAAACCAAAGCCCACCAGUAUGCUCCGGGAGGCAGUCAUGGCCACCUCCGAUAAACUGAUGGUGGAACCGCCGUCUGCCUACCCCAUCACCCCGUCCAGCCCUCUGUACACCAACACAGACAGUCUUACUGUGAUCACACCCGUCAAGAAGAAGCGGGGGCGGCCGAAGAAGCAGCCUUUGCUCACGGUGGAGACGAUUCACGAGGGGACUUCCACCAGUCCGGUCAGUCCCAUUAGCCGGGAGUUCCCCGGCACGAAGAAAAGAAAGAGACGACGCAGUUUAGCCAAGCUGGCCCAGCUGGUGCCAGGAGAGGACAAGCCCAUGAGCGAGAUGAAAUUUCACAAAAAGGUUGGAAAGCUUGGGGUAUUGGAUAAGAAGACCAUCAAAACCAUCAAUAAGAUGAAAACACUCAAGAGGAAAAAUAUCUUGAACCAGAUCUUGUCCUGCUCCAGCAACAUUGCUCUGAAGGCUAAAGCUCCCCCGGAGACCAGCCCUGGGGCAGCAGCAAUUGAGAGCAAAUUGGGCAAGCAGAUUAACGUCAGCAAGAGGGGAACCAUCUACAUUGGCAAGAAGAGGGGCAGGAAGCCAAGAGCAGAGCUGCCACCCCCAUCCGAGGAACCCAAAACAGCCAUCAAGCACCCAAGGCCUGUUUCUAGCCAGCCGGACGUUCCAGCCGUGCCUUCCAACUUUCAGUCACUUGUGGCGUCUUCACCAGCAGCUAUGCACCCACUUUCAACACAGUUAGGUGGGUCAAAUGGCAACCUGAGCCCCGCCAGCACUGAAACCAAUUUUUCAGAGUUGAAAACUAUGCCAAAUCUCCAGCCCAUCAGUGCUCUUCCAACCAAAACCCAGAAGGGAAUCCACAGUGGAGCCUGGAAGCUGUCCCCACCCAGGCUGAUGGCCAACUCGCCUUCCCACCUUUGCGAGAUCGGGUCACUCAAGGAGAUCACACUGUCCCCCGUGAGUGAGUCGCACAGCGAGGAGACGAUCCCAAGCGACAGUGGCAUCGGGACGGACAACAACAGCACGUCUGACCAAGCGGAAAAGAGUUCGGAAUCCCGACGGAGGUACUCCUUUGAUUUCUGCUCCCUGGACAACCCGGAGACCAUUGCGUCCGACACCAGCACAAAGACCCGGCAUGGCCACCGGCAGAAGCAUCUCAUGGUGGACAACUUUCUAGCCCAUGAAAGCCUCAAGAAGCCAAAGCACAAGAGGAAACGGAAAAGCCUGCAGAGUCGCGAUGAUCUUCAGUUUCUGGCAGACCUGGAAGAGCUCAUCACCAAGUUCCAGGUGUUCAGGAUCUCGCACCGGAGUUACACCUUCUACCACGAGAAUCCGUACCCCAGCAUUUUUCGGAUUAAUUUUGAUCACUAUUACCCAGUGCCAUAUAUCCAGUACGACCCGUUGCUCUAUCUUCGCAGGACUUCAGACCUGAAGUCAAAGAAGAAGCGUGGUAGGCCUGCCAAAACCAAUGACACCAUGACAAAGGUGCCUUUUUUACAAGGGUUCAGCUACCCUAUUCCCAGUGGAAGUUACUAUGCACCCUAUGGAAUGCCUUACACAUCAAUGCCUAUGAUGAACCUUGGUUACUACAGUCAGUACCCAGCUCCCUUGUACCUGUCGCACACGCUCGGAGCGGCUUCCCCGUUCAUGAGGCCGACAGUGCCGCCACCUCAGUUCCACGCGAGCUCCCAUGUGAAGAUGUCCGGGACAGCGAAGCAUAAAGCGAAGCACGGAGUCCACCUGCAGGGACCUGUUGGCAUGGGCCUCGGUGACAUGCAGCCGGCCCUGAAUCCUCCCAAGGCGGGCGGCACUGGGCUGUCCGGCGGCCGGCUCCACAAGAGGAAACACAAACACAAGCAUAAGCACAAGGAAGACCGGAUCCUGGGGACCCAUGACAACCUGAGCGGUCUGUUCGCGGGCAAAGGCCCGGGCUUCUCCAGCCACCUCCUGAGCGAGCGGCUGGCCAGUGCGGACAAGGAGCUCCCACUGGUGAGUGAGAAGAGUAAGCAUAAAGAGAAACAGAAGCAUCAGCACGGGGACGCCGGCCACAAAGCUGCCAAGAGCAACUUCGAGGUGGACACCCUGUCCACCCUGUCACUUUCUGAUGCCCAGCAUUGGACCCAGGCCAAGGACAAAGGUGACUUGAGUGGCGAGCCUGCGGACUCGUGCACCAAAAGGUACUCCGGCAGCGGUGGUGAUGGUGGCGGCCCCAGACCCGAGAGCCUGGACGUGUUCAGUGACAUGAACCCUUCGAAUGACAAGUGGGACAGUGACAUGAUCGGGAGUAAAAGGAGGAACUACGAAGGCUUUGGGACAUACAGGGAAAAGGACAUCCAAGCCUUCAAGAUAAAUCGCAAGGAGAGAAGUUCCUACGAUGCCUCCCUGUCUCCAGGGAUGCCAAGUCCCCACCUCAAAGUGGACCAAACGGCAGCACACGGUAAGAGCGAGGGCUCCGCGUCCAGCAUGAUGACCAGGAAGAAGCCAGCCGCGGUUGACAGCGUGGCAAUGCCCCCGAGCCCAGUGUUAUCGCUCCUUGCUGCGUCUGCAGCCACGUCUGAUGCAGCCAGCUCCUCCCUGAAGAAGCGAUUCAAGCGGCGGGAGAUCGAGGCCAUCCAGUGCGAGGUGCGCAAGAUGUGCAACUACACCAAGAUCCUGUCCACCAAGAAGAACCUGGACCACGUGAACAAGAUCCUGAAGGCCAAGCGGCUGCAGAGACAAUCAAAGACAGGCAACAACUUCGUCAAAAAGAGGAGAGGGCGUCCCCGAAAGCAGCCCACCCAGUUCGAUGAGGACUCCAGAGACCAAAUGCCGGUGCUGGAAAAAUGCAUCGACCUUCCCAGCAAGAGGGGGCAGAAGCCGAGCCUGAGCCCGCUCGUCUUGGAGCCAGCAGCCACCCAAGAACCAANGCCCCCACCCCUGCCCAAGACCCCCCGAGGAGGAGGGAAGAGGAAACACAAACCUCAGCCUCCCGCCCAGCCCCCGCAGCAGCCGCCCCAGCAGCAGCCCCUGCCCCAGGAAGAGGAGGUGAAGGCCAAAAGGCAGAGGAAGUCCCGAGGGAGUGAGAGCGAUGGCCUUCCCUAGGGUGGGUCUGGGCCUGGGCGUCUGAACCUGGGGCUGGGGGAACUGACGCAUUGGAAGUGCAGUGAGCCGGGGUGGGGGCGGAAUCCCACGCUUCAGGGACACCGAUGCCCUUCUCUCCAGAAGCUGGGCAGGCAGAAUCGCGCCAGAUGACGGGGUGGAGCCAUCAGUAGCUCUUGGGAAAGCAAAGCAGGGGGACGCCUUCAAAAGAAGCUCGUCUGUGCUUUACAGCAGUUCCAAACCACGCGGCACUUCAGUGUGGCUAGAUCCUUUGCGGGCGAGCAGAAGACCCAUGGAGGAGGAGAAAGCCGGUGGUGCUCUCUGACGGCCACCUGACCUCCUGCAUCCAAGGUGCGUCUCUGAUUCCAUUGCAUUUGCUGGCCAGGAAAAUUGAAAGGGAAGCACCCUCAAUUAGGAAACAUUCCAAGGGGAGAAAAGCUGCAAAUUUCUCGACUGGCUUUGUUGUAACCCAUUUCCAUUUAAUUGGUUUUUACUUUUAUUUUGGUUUUUUCCAAGCUCGGCUAGGCUUUGGGGCACCAACAUCAUCUUCAGGUGACCUGAAUCUUUCCGUUAACCAUACAGUUUCUCAGACGGAUUCGUCAUCAGAAGGUGGAAUUCUAGUGAUAGGCAACCUUAGAUGUGCAUUCAUAUUCUUCUGUAUGCCUCCUCGGUACCACACAGAUAUCUAGCAUAGUCGGUUCCUAGUUUUCCUUUGCCCAUUGUACUUCCAUAUACCUUUUCAUUAACUUACUUGCUGCCUUCUUUUCCUUGGUACACACCUAAAUAAUGUAAACUUUAUGUGUGUUGUAAUGUUCACCCUUGGCAUGCUGUCCCAAGGAACUUGGCUUUGAAUCCCAAUCAUUGUGAGACAGAUAACUCGGUAUUGAUAGAGCCUUUUUAAUAAGUGAUUUAGAGCAGCCGAGGAUAUGUUGGCCGGGGUGUCAACCAGGUUAUUUUUAUACUUAAAACAUAUCAGCAGAGAAUAGGCAGAAUAAAAUGGUUUUAAUAACCCACAGCAAAUGGAAUAACUGACAAAUCACCAAAAAUUGAAACCCCAGACCCACCAGAAAGACAAAUGUCUAGCAAUGCCUUGGUAUGUGAAUUUUCAUACAAGUAACUAUCAUAGGUCAUUGAAAAAAGGAAAAAAAAAAGACAAUAGAAUAAGUUCAUUAUCUCUUGAUAAUUAUUUCUUAAAAGCAAAUGGGAGUAAGUGUUCUUAUCUGAAAAAAAGAAAAGAAAAUGCUCAAAGGGUAUCACCACUCCAAUUGUAUCAAGCCACCUUGGACAAAGUAUCCAAAUUGUGGUUGCCUUAAUAAACUAAAACAUUUUUGUACAUAAUGUAAUUAUAAAUCUAUCAGUCUGCAUGGAUGCAAACUGUGUGUGACAAAUCGUCUUUUAAAUGGUCAAUUUCAACUGUACAUUUCUCAUCCAAGUUGUACUCUAGCCAUCGGUUUAGCGUGGACAGAUAUUCCAUCUCUAUCACCCAUUUCCACAGCUCAAGUAAAACAUGUUAAGAAGACUCAGAAUGAAUAUGAAGUUAUUCCAUUGCCGUAGAUGUUUUCUAAAAGUCAGAUGUGGAAAUUUCAAAUAAGUAUUUUCAAUUUCCUUCCUUCCUCCUCCCCUUACCUUCCCCAAGACAUCAAACACCUGGCAUGGUAGAUUAUAAAAAGAAAGACACUGAGAGACAGAAUUCAAUUUUCUAAUGGGAAUUAGAAUAUCUGGUUUACCUCCAAAUUAAGUUUUCUUUACAGGAAGUUGGGACUGGCUGGAAAUUGUAUUAUCACUUCAGACCACAACACUAUUUCCUUAGAGAGAGAUGGAUUUUUGUUGGGAACACAGGAGAAUAAGGGAUGGGGUAUCCAUGGGAGUAAUUUAAAAAUCCCAAGUUAAUAUGCUGACGAACAUCACUGCUCUGCCAUGGCACCGACAAUCGGUUGAAAUUACCCCCGGAGUCAUCCUCUUCUGCACUGUCUCCUUGGACUUAACAUCAUUUGCUACCCACUAGGUCAGUCGCAUUUAAUCCUAGCAAUAUGUAAGUUUAAAGGGAUGCGUUCUCCUGUACUUGAAAGCUUAUAUCACAGAUACUCUGUCUGUGACCUAGGUGGACCUUUGGCAUUUCACACAAGUUGAACAGCAAAAUCAAACCAGCCACUUUGAAUUUGUCAUUCCCAAGCCAUGUCUGAGUGGUUCUAAAGUCACCGGAGAGGAAGAUUUAAAUUAGCCCUGCUCACCCCACCAUUGCUCUGAAAGAGCAACCAUUUUCAUUCCAAUUAAACCAUAAAGGGGUUUCUCUCCUGUCAGACUUUGAAAAAUCAUUUCCUUCAUUCUUUCUUUUGCCCUCCUUCCUUCUGGUGUUGUAGUACCGUUUCCCCAACCAAGUCUGUGAGGAGACUAAAUCCUCCUGCAGAGGAGGACAAGCUGGCACUCUCUAAGCUUCUUAAGGAAGGACCCAACCCCUAAUUGACAUUAACCUCUAGUUGGAGAGAAAUUUCCGAUAAAUUAAGGAUGCAUUAGAAUUUCCUGGAGGUUAUACAGCAGGCUUGUAACUUACACGUAAAUUCAGUUCUGCAGUUGUCAUGUGAGUUAAAUGCAAAUCCUCCACACUUACGACCCUAAGAAUAGAUUAGAAAACUGCAGAGGACCCCGAGUGAGACAAGCUGAAUGGCCCGUGGAAGGCAGAAGCAAGUCUUGGCACUGCCAGCUUCCUGUCUCCCCUGCCCAGCGCCCCUUCAGUGUCACGUGACAUUUUUUCUUUUCUUCUACCUUCCAUUAACUUAUCUCACUGGUACAACCAUUUCCUUAUUCUCUAACCGCUUCCCAAUAGCCUCUCCUCUCCUGUCCAGCCUCAACGCUAGGCCAGUCUAGUUUCACUUCUCAUUCGCUGCAGACCCAGGAGGAGAACCCCAACAAUCCUGACCCAGCCCGAGGAGUCUCACCAACUUCUGGGGCUGCAUUUUUAUUUAGAGAAGAUGUCAUUGGGGAUGCACGGGACUCCAUAAACACCUCCACAAAUUAUUUCAUUAGAAAGCUCUUGUUUUUGUUUGUUUGUUGUUGUUGUUGUUUCUGGAAUACUUUCCUUAAGCAAACAGGCAUGAACCCACUUAUAGGGAGUUUGAUUAGGGGUGAGCAAAGGAUGAAACUGAGAGGUAAAAGCCUCCUUGUAGGUGAUGAUGGGUCUCUGAUCCACCUUGCUAAGUGGCUGAGGAACCACUCGCUUUUCAACCCCUCAUCUCAAAUGAAAGAUACAGAAGUCUAACUUCCUCUAAUAGUAUGGCUCUGGCUACAACCCAAGGAAGAUAGGUCAAAAGGAGAGCAUGUCAGGAGCUGGUUUGUGACUUGGCAGGACCGGGACUCAACAGCCACUGACAGCCCGGAGUAGGUGACUAAGGGCUGACAGAGGAUUAGCAUGUUAACUUGGCUGCUGUCCGGAGUGGGAGGCCAUGUUCCAUGGCAGCCGGGAUUUGUGUUCUGCACAUUGCUGGCUCUAUAAAUAUGAUAAGCAAGUGGUGACAGAAUUAUAGUAUAAGGUGAUGUACUACAUGCAGAUCAUAAAGGAUUUGGUUUUAGUACUUUAGUAGAAAAUCCCACUCCUACAGCUGCCCAUUACCCAACAAUAUUCAGAUAAUGAGUUUUUGGAGAAUAUUUUUUCCCUACCACUAGGAAGAUUUACCUGGGAACUGUCUAAAGUCUACACAUAUAUUUCCAAAGCCUUUAAAUGCCAACUGUAGCAUGGAGAGAGACGGGGUGGCAGAAGCCGAAAUGCCUCAAAAGCCAUUUAAGUGUUACACUGCAGGAUUUUCAGUCCUUCUCAUCAUGUAAAAGUAGAUAAAUAUAGACAUUAUUCUCAACACUACCCUAUAGUAUCACAAUGGUCCAAAUGCCAGAGCUUACAGAUAAUGUCAUCACAGUGCCUAGAAACUCGAACUGUAAUAUACCGUAGCAUUUUCUUGGUGUUUUUUAAAGUUUCUUUCCACAAUACAAGGCUCCCUCUGCCUCUUGUUUCUUGGAGAGUUUGCCCCACUGAUGAGGCUUCCCUCCCAUGGGACUCGGUCUUUUGGGGAACAGUCUUAGAAGCACAUAUCAACCAAGGAAGAAACUUCCUGGAUAUCGAUUGCCCACUUCCCCAGGUAUAAUAAACACUACGGGGCGGGGGGGAGGCGGGGAAGGAUUGAGAAGAGCUGCCACAGGUCAACACAGAAGGGCAGUUCCAACCUAGGUUGGUGUCUUUCUUUUCUUCCUUUUUUAAAAAAUCUAUUUCUUAAAUAAUAAUAAAUGCACAUGAUGUGUUAAAUAUGUAUAUAUAUAUUUCAAAAGAAAAAAAUGGGGCACAAGAUUGUCUUAUAAGUCGUGCUGGCUAAUUUUUAGUUUGUAUUCAUAAGUGGUUUUUAAAAGCCUUUUUUAAAGUGUAAUUUGCAUGUUCUACUUUGAUUGUAUGUAAACAUAUUUUAGAACAAAAAAUGUAUUUGUAUUUUAUUGAAUAUAGAGGCAAGAAAAUUGUACAUUGUUUGAAAUGUUCUUUUUGUAACAGUUUUUAUUCAUAAAGCAUUUUUGUACAUUUAAACUGAACACGGCCGUGCUGUUAAUUGAGGCGUAGCUACAUCUUGGCAUGCUUUCCUGUCAUGCUCCUCCAUGGUCUUAGAUGUUGGGUUUUAAACAUUUUUUCUAAAAGAAAGCUCAGUCUUUUUCGCUACCAGAUCAGGUUAGCACAGUAUAGAGCACUUAACUAUUAAAAAAAAAAAAAAAAGUUAAUCCUAUUCAUAUGUUAUUCAUUGUGUGAAAUUAAAGACAUUCAAUUCAGUCUAA